AUGAACAGGUGGCUUCUUAUUUCCUUCACAGCUAGAAGAGAGGUGCUCUUGGACCAGGCAAUCGGCCUGAAAGUAGCAGCUCAUGUCCCUGAUCUCAUCGUAUAUGGCGAUUUCUCCCAGGAGGUGCCUUUCAUUGAGAGUUUUGAUGGAGUAUUGCUUUUUGCAGACAUUUCAGGUUUUACUGCACUGACAGAGAAGUUUAGCAUGGACACCAGUCUGGACCGUGGCGCUGACCAGCUAACACAGACUCUCAAUCAUUACGUUGGGGAUAUUGUGGAAGAGGUACUGGCUUAUGGAGGCGAUAUCUUGAACUUUGCAGGGGAUGCACUGCUAGCACUGUGGAAAGUGGAACGAAGCCAGCUGAGCGAUAUCAUUACACUAGCGCUGAAAUGUAGCCUGAGGAUCCAGGAAGAAUAUGGGGUUCGUGAGACUGAAGUGGGUCUGGAGCUCCGAGUGAAGAUAGGGCUAUCUGCAGGUCACAUCUCCAAAGUUGUUGUUGGAGACAAUAAGCACCAAUAUUUUCUGGUAAUUGGCCGAGCAGUGGAUGAAGUUCGGUUGGCCCAAAACCUAGCAAAAGCAAGCGAGGUUAUUCUAUCGCCGAACUGCUGGGAACUCUGUAACAGGAGCAUGAUAGAAAUAGAAAGAAUUAAAGAUCAAAGAGCUGUUAAGGCUAGAUACAUAAAGAACAUCUCUGAGAUUGAGUUUGACGAGUUCUUCUGGAAAUGUACUGAAUACCUACAGCAUUACCCCACUGGUGAAAGUAACAAUAUUCUCAGAGCAACCUCCACAUUGUCUCCUAAUGAUGAGCUGGAGAAGUCCCUCCGGAAGUAUGUGAUGAGAAACAUUCUGAAGAAGAUUGACGACAACCAACCUCUAGAAUAUUUAUCUGAGCUUCGGCCAGUCACAAUUGUCUUUGUGAACCUGCAGUUUGACGAAAGUGCCAAUACCUUGCAUCUGUGCAAGGCCAUCCAUGAUGCCAAUGUGAAGAUCUCAGACAUCAUCUAUGUCUUCAGAGGAAAAAUCAACAAAGUCUUUAUGUUUGACAAAGGCUGCACAUUCUUGUGUGUGUUUGGGCUCCCUGGGGAUAAGCAGGCUGACGAGAGCACCCACGCCUUGGACAGCGCAUUUAAAAUCUUCAACUUCUGUUCUGAGAGGCUCAUGAAAAUAAAGCUAGUUUCCAUCGGGGUUACCAGCGGGCCAGUGUUCUGCGGAGUAGUUGGCCAUCGUGUAAGGCAUGAAUACACAGUCAUUGGCCAGAAGGUGAAUCUCGCUGCUCGGAUGAUGAUGUAUUAUCCAGGGUUAGUGUCCUGUGAUGCAGUGACCUACGCCAACUCCAGGCUGCCUCAUUACUUCUUUGAAGAGCUCCCCCAGGCUGAGAUGAAAGGAGUUGUGAAUCCUGGCGUGGUCUAUCAUUAUCUUGGCAUCAGUGAGAAAACAAUGAUUGGCAAAGCGUAUCUCACCAAGAAGAGGUCUGAGUAUUACCCCUUACUGGGUCGGGAAAAAGAGCUUGAAAUCUAUGACAUUUUAUUGAAAGGAUUUGUGGGGUCUACAGAAGGCCGCGUCAUAAUGUAUGAAGGCCUUAUGGGGUAUGGAAAGAGCCAGUUGCUUGCUGAAAUUGCCUACUUAGGUCAGGAAGCUGGCCACAAGGUUGUUGCUAUGGAGCUGACGAAGGUAAAUGUGCAGCAGAAUUUUUUUGCCAUCCGGACACUCAUGGCCAUGUUCCUGGGGAUUGAUGCCUGUAAAUCUUACGAUGCAAGACAGCACAUCCUCCAAGGCAAACUCGGAGGUGUGGUAGAAGAGACCUACUAUUGCCUCCUGAAUAACAUCUUUCUUGUCAAGUUUCCCACCUCUGCAGAGGUUUCCAAAAUGGAUAAUGAAACAAGGACAGAGGAGAUGGAACUAUUUCUUGUGAAAAUACUACAGAAGGCAGUGGAGAAAGACAUUCUCAUUUUUGUCAUUGAUGAAGCCCACUACAUUGAUCUUGCAUCAUGGGAAUUUCUGGACAACUUGCUCUCCAGGAUCCCAGUGUUUAUGGUCAUGUCUCUAUCUCCUCCCAGCCGCCAAGCACGGCUGCCUUGUGUUUCUGCUGCAAACAUCAUUAACAGCGCAAAGACCACCUACAUUCAGCUGCGGGAGCUAAAGCCUUCUGUGAUCCUGCAAAAAGCCUGCCAGGACCUUGGGGUAGUCAGCAUCCCCCGGGAGUUAGAAACGUUCUUGAUACAGAGAAGCCAUGGAAUCCCAUUUUACUGCGAGGAGUUGCUGCGGAACCUCCAUUUAAACAACAUGCUCAUCUUCCGUCUGUGGGAGGAGGAGGAAGAAGUAGAUGAUGAGUGGGAGGGCCUUUUCACCAAUGCCGUCAAGGCCAUCCCCUCCAAAACGGAAUCGCUUUCCAGCUCAGACAAUGACUUGUACAUUUGCACCAUUCGCCAGAAUGUUAAGCUGCAAAAUAUUAUGCUGCCCCCUACCUUAAAAGGCAUUGCACUGGCUGAGUUAGACAACAUGAGCCCUUCGGAGCAGAUGGUAGUGAAGUGUGCAGCUGUCAUUGGGCUGACUUUCACGACUGAGCUGCUGCUCCACAUCCUUCCUGAAUGGACCAAGAGGAAGAUGAACCAGACACUUGCAGCCCUGGUGGAUUCCCACAUCUUCAAGUGUUUUAAUAAAAGAAAGGACUCCCAGAAUGCACAUUCACAGGAUAUGCCCUCCACAGAGUUGCUUGUUUGCCCCGGGACGGUGAGAUCAAUUGGACAAGAGUCAGAUAUCCGCUCUUCUGUUUAUAAGCGAAUCAAGCAAGAGCAGCUGGUGAUGCAAUGCGGCGUCAUGGCGUUCUGCAUGCCACUGCUGCAGGAAGCAGCCUACGAGGUUUGGCUGAAGAGCCAGAAGAAAGCCUUACAUCUCAAGUGUGUGAGCUAUCUAGAAGGGGAGGCUCACAAAUGCAGACGCUGCGGAGAAGGGGACUUCAUUUCAUUUCACCGCCACACUGUGGAAAUGAUGCUGGAGAGCACUGAGUCUCAGGAAAGCAGUUCUGAGCAGCACAAGGAAUACCCAUUCAGUGAAGCAGCCUCACUGAUCAUUUACACAACCCUGAAAAGGCUUCAGGCACCCUCAUUUGAAGGGAUGGAGAGAAAAGCUGCCACAGCUGAGGCUUCCCUAACCAGCACAUGCUCCCUUGAAAGUGUCCAGAGGACAAGUGAAGACAUCACUACUUCUACUUUCUCCAAGAAGUUAGACUUAUUACUUCCACAAGACUUUGAGAAAGAGACUGUAAAGGCACUAAAGAAACACAAGAUGUUGCCAGAAGAAAAUCUUAAAGCUGAAGAGAUAGAGAAGGAGUUUCUGGAGAGGCUGGAUGAGAUCAUUCAGCAGUCUGACAGGGGUCGGGAGAAGAUCAGGCGCUUGGGAUCCUGCGAAUGUGAAGAGAUCGUGGAGUCUGUCUUUGUGCCCCUGGCCCGGCACUGCAUGGCGAUGGGAGAAUAUGGCAGAGCCUUGUAUUACUUGUUGGAGUGUGCAGCUGCUUACUUACAUCUGUCAAACAACUACAUGGCCUUUAGCAAUUUGAAUACAGCAGAGAAUCUGAUCAAAUCGGUGGAUCUCAGAGCGACUGUAAUUAACCAGUUUGAGGAAGCUACCUUCUACAGCCUGAAGGGUGAGGUCUGUUAUAACAUGGGCCAAAUGAAUUUGGCAAAGAAAUUUAUCAGGAAGGCUUUGAUUUUAUUAAACAGAAGAUUCCCAUUUACCUUGAUUGGAGUCUUUUUUAAGACUCUGCUGGAAGUGUCAAAGCACGCGUCUCACCAGAAGAAGCAGCAAUUCUUGUAUAGUCGCAGUAAAGGGGAGAAGAAAUUAGCUUUCCUGUACCAGCAGGGCCACUGCCUUUCCUUAUUGUGGCAACUUUUCAGCCUGGACACUGCUACAAACAGCAAAAAGUUCUGUCGCCUGGCAGCACUCAUGAAAGUGAACUCAGCAGAGGAAUCGGAUGAUGAGAGCCAGAUCAUUUCAUCCUAUACGGAAUUCUCACUCUGCUGCCAGAUGAUGGGUUACCAAGAUGAAUGGAUGAAAUAUGAGCUGAUGGCCAUCCAGCGUAGCUCUCACCUACAGGUUAUUGGAGGAGGGCUAUUAACAACAGUUAAAUUAGCACAAUCACUGGCCUAUAUGAAGCUCUGCUUGGGUAACCUACCCCUAUCUAUUCAAUUAGGCUAUCGAGCCCAUGAAAUGUGUGUGCGUCUGAAGAAACCGAAGCUGGACUAUCUAGUUCUCUGCAUGCUCUUCAAAGCUCUCUUUCUGAGCAUCAGGUACCAAGACUGUGUGCAAGUACUGAGCUGGCUGGAGAAGUUGGCUGUUGAGGAGGAGAGAAUCAUUGGGAUGGCUUGUUUCUUUUCUUUCUGUUUAGAACUCUUGCUUUAUGCUGGAUUUUCAUUUAAGUCAUUUAAAGAGUGCCUGGAAUUCAUACAGCACAAUGAAAACAACUGCAUCCUUAUGUCUCAGAACAGCAUCAUGUUGGGGCUGUAUUCAUCCCUGGCCAUUUGGUUUGCCAGACUUCAGCAGUGGGGCAACUUCAAGGAGCCGUUUGAAAAGGCCAGAAGGUUGCUGAGGAGAACUAAUGCCUCAUUCUUUGCAACCAGUGGAUUCUGUAGAUUCUUGGAGUGUGAGGUCCUUGUGCUACGGAAACACAUUGAGGAAAAGCCUGAAUUGGUCCGGGAGACUCGUACUAAGACGCUAAAGGACUUGGACCAGGUUCUCUCUCGAUGCUCCACAAGCCCUAUCUAUUACCCUAGGGUUUACCACCUGAAAGCCUAUAUCCUCCUGGUGUUGGGCAAUGAGGAACAGAGCCAAAUCUACCUAUCCCAAGCAUUCCAACUCUGUGACAUAUAUGGAAACCUCCUGGAGAAAUCCUGGCUGGAGAUCAGCAAUGAGUGGUGGUUCACUGCAAAAGGCCCCAUGGAAGACUUAUGGCUGAAGGUCGCACCAGAUUUUCCCAAGUGGAAAAUAGGAAUGACAGAGAGAGACUUUCCAGAGAUCCAUAAAACCAAGUACUUGCUGCGGGUGCCAGCAUUGGAUAUUAACAAUCCUUUCCCAGAACCUGAGAUCCCCGAUGUCUGAGCUGCAUGUAGUUCUGCCCAACUGGAGCACUUUGUAACCGACACUGCCCAAAUUUGUAAGCAUUUAUGAUAUUCCUAUGGUACAACACCUGCUCUCUGCAAAAUCCUCUAAAUUUGCUCACUUUUCCUUUGGUAAAUGUAGGUUCUAAUGUCUCACUGUGGCUUGCUUAGACCAUUUUUUCCUUACUGUUAAUUAAACUCUGCAGUAGCUCUUCAUUAUAGUAAUGUAUUCCUUUAUAACCUGGAACAGAGCCUAGUGCUAUUCCCAAAAAGGAAAGUCUAAUUUAAUAUUUUUUAAACAUUCACAACUAAAAUGCACUUUCUUCAACAAAGGCACUACAAUUCUCCACCCACUGUAAUGAUGCGACCUAUGCGACACUACUGAGAGUAUCAGUUCAGGACAAAUUG